UUACACGCCCCAACACCGCGCGUAGAAUAGCAUCGGCCUAACCUAAAACUUAAGGUACUGUGACCUCUCUUCUGCCCUACAAAAAAAAGUAACCCCACCUUUGUCUGACUGUCUCUCUCUCUCUCUCUCUCCCUCUCCUCUGUCUGUUUCUCUCUCUAACCCAUCAUCUGUCUCGGCGCAACCCAGAAAACCACCCAAAUACAACCCACAAAAAUCCCCUCAAUCAAGGUCCCCAUCUUAGCCUUCUAUUCCCACAUCCACGAAAAAACAUGAAGAUGAGAAACAAAGGUAAAGUAUACCCAUCACCUUCCUCAUCAUCUUCUAUGUCUUCUUAUACUGCAAAUAGGGACUCUCUCUCUGUACUCAAGGUCUUACCAGCUGCUAUUCUAGCUCUGGUCUCAGUUCUCUCUCUUGAAGACCGAGAAGUGUUGGCAUAUAUGAUAACGAGGUCGAUGAAAUCAACAAACCCUUCUGCGAUUGUUGAAGAAAAGAAGAAAAACAAGAAAUCGAACACCCACAAGCCUCCGAUCUUCGAUUGUGAGUGUUUCGACUGUUACACGAGUUUCUGGUUCAGGUGGGACUCUUCGCCUAACCGUGAACUCAUUCACCAAGCCAUUGAAGCCUUUGAAGAACACUUGGCGAGCGAAGAACAGUCGAAGAAGAACACCAGAGGUAAGAAGAGAGAGAAAAUGGGUCGCCGAGCAACCGAAAGACCGGCCGAUGUUUUGGAAACUAUGGCGGUGGAGAGAGAGGCUGAUUUUCUGGAGAGUGAAGAUAGUUUUGUGGUGGUUUUGCCGGAACAUGACUCUACUCUGGUGGUGUUACCCGAAAAAGCUGAGGUGGAGGUGGAGGUGGAGGUGGAGGAAGAGGAAAGGAAUGAAUUGCCGGAAGAGGAGGCGGCGCCGCCGGAAGCGGCGGUGGUGUUGCGGAGCUCGGCGGCGAACAACCACAAGGGUUUGGCGAGGAAGGUACUGCCGGACGUGGUAGGGUUAUUGAAUUCACGUUUGUGGAGUCUUUGGAGUCCGAGUGCUUAGUGGAAGAAUUUUUAAUUUUUUUUUAACUGGGGGCUUUUUUGAAAGAAAAAAAGUUUUAUAUUUUGGUGUUGUUGGGUUAUAUUCGCACUCGAAUAUAUAUAUAUAUAUAUAUAUAAAAU